AUGCCUCCAAAAAGUGGCGUUCAACGCGCGAAAAAUAUCGAUUACGACGACGAUGUUUACGACGACGAUGACUACUACGAGGAAGAGGAGGAAGGAGUGCCUGCGGAAGACAAGGAGGAGCUACGCGUAGGCACGAUCCGAGUGCGUGAAGCGCUGGGAGAAUUCGAAGCCGGUGUCAGCGAUGCACAGAUCCAGGAGGCACUGUGGCAUUACUACUACGACGUCGGGAAGAGCGUGACAUACCUGAAGAACAAGCUUGGGGGAGCAGCGCCAAAGCAAGAGCAGAAGAAGGAAAAGGCCGUCUCGAAAUUCGAGCAGGCGGCGAGUGUGGCAGAGAAGAAGGCACCAACGGCAAACCCUGCUGGUAAGCAAUCUGACGUGAAUUCCGGACGUGUGGAGGAGUCAGCGUAUCCCGUCGUCAUCUCGCCCUGGCCAACACAGCCGACCCGGAAGUUUGAACAUAGCGCAGCCUAUCUCUAUCUCUGGAAGGAUAUACGUUGGGGAGAAAUACCGCCUGGUCGGGAAGCCGGCCUCAUCACGGUCGUUCCUCCUGCGUACAAGAACCAUGUAGAGUAUAGAAAGGGGUUGCUGGGUGGCUCUUCCAAGCUAGCCGCGCUCGCUGCAAAACGCCGAAAGGAAAGAGAAGACGCACAGGCCGCUGCAAACUCGACAGCGAAUGGCGAGACUGAUGAGGCCGUUUCUAUGCUCGACAAGCUCAGCGUCAAGGCCAAAGAGAAGGAUGCAUCAACUUUGCAAAGUGGCGGCCAGGAGAGUGAACGUCCAUCUCGAGCGUCCAGAUACCCUAUCCGAAGACGCUCGCCCUCGCGUUCGCCAGAGUUAGAAGCAUCUCCAGACGAAGCGAAAGACACCAUCGAAGCAGAUCAACCAGCUGUGAACAUUGAGUUUGCAGCUGUUCGUGCGGCUCCUUCUAUGUUCGCGUCUGUCCUGUGUGGACCGAGUCAACCAAGUACACCGCCCGUCUCAGACCAAGUCUUCCCGGCACCGUAUGUCAACUACAAGGAAUACCAAGAUCUGAACCCCUUUGAUGGACCUAGCCCUGACGAUAUCAGGACAGCCAACAGCAAUGGAGAGAAGUUGGCUGAGUCUGUUGAAAAAUUGACUGUUGAGGAGCCCAGAGUCAAAAGCAAAAAUCUGAACGUGGUAGACGAGUAUGAGAAAAGUGGUAUGAAGCGGAUGGCGAAUUUCGUUGUAGUUGGGCACGUUGACCAUGGGAAAAGUACGCUGAUGGGAGGUCUACUUCGCGAUCUCAAAGUCAUUGAUCAGCGAUCCAUCGACAAGCUCCAGAAAGAAGCCGAAACAAUCGGCAAAUCGUCCUUUGCCCUCGCCUGGGUCAUGGACGAGACGAGCGAAGAGCGCAGCCGCGGAAUAACGGUUGACAUUGCCACCCACUACUUCGAAACAGACAAAACACACUUCACAAUUCUCGAUGCGCCCGGCCACAAGGACUUUAUACCAAACAUGAUAUCUGGAACCUCACAGGCCGAUUUCCCGGUCCUCGUAAUCGACGCCAGUACCAACAGCUUUGAAGCUGGUCUCAAAGGCCAAACAAAAGAACACAUUCUCAUCGCUCGUAGCAUGGGCAUGCAGCACAUCAUAGUGGCCGUCAACAAAAUGGACACAAUAUCCUGGUCCAAACAGCGCUUCGAUGAAAUCACAAAACGCAUGACGGCCUUCCUAACCGAGGCAAGUUUCGCCGAAAAACGCAUCACUUUCAUCCCCCUCGCGGGCCUCACAGGCGACAACGUGACCAAGAAAGUCGACCACCACGCCGCAGACUGGUACACAGGCGAAACCCUCCUCGAAGCCCUAGAACGCAUCGACCUCCCACCACGCAACCUCACAAAGCCCCUCCGCCUCUCCGUCGCAGACGUCUUCAGAGGCGACAUGCGUUCCCCACUCAGCAUAUCCGGGCGCAUCGACGCCGGCACGCUGCAAGUCGGCGACGUGAUCCUAGCCCUCCCCGCCAACGAAACCGCAGUCAUAAAAGCCAUAGAAGUCCGCGACUGCCCCGUCGACUACGCCGUCUGCGGCCAGAUCCCCACCCUCCACUUAUCCGACAUCGACCCCGUCCAUCUGCGCAAAGGAGAUAUCGUCUGUCCGCCAAACGCCCCGGUUAAACUCGUCAAGGCUUUCAGCUCGAAGUUGCUUGCCUUCGAUCAUGUUCUGCCUAUGCCUGUUGAGGUCUUUAGGAGUACCCUGAAUAGUCCCGGCGGUAUUCGCACGUUAAGUGCUAAGCUGAAUAAGUUUACGGGAGAGGUGGUUAAGAAGAGGCCGAGGAUCGUUAAGCCGGGGGAGGUGGCGCGUGUGGUGGUGCAGCUUGAAAGGGAGUUGCCGAUUGAGGAGGGCAUGAGGGUGGUUAUCAGGGAGAGAGGGAGGACGGUUGGCGCGGGGCUGAUGGAAAAUGUUGCGUAG